UCAUCAUCGAUCCAAGGCUGCUCAUAGUCGACUCCACUGCCUUCAAGUGUUCAAUAUGCAUUGAAGCAGUCUCUCUUGAGCUCCAAAAACGGAACCUGCAAGAUCUCCUUUAGAAAAUCACAGCAAGCAAACCUCAGCGGCUUUGCUGUCUCCACCAAGGUAAAGGGAAGCGGCAAAAAUCAGCCUGUGUGCCUUGCCUGCAUAGAGCGCUGGGUGGGAACAGUCACGGUCACAAAGACCGUGGUCGGCGUUCUGCCAGCUGGAUGGGUGGGUCCGCCAGAGGUUUGGUUCGACCGCACCCAGCAUACCGACCCAUGGCGCCAGCGGAAAAUUCUACUGGGAGAAGAGGUGAUGCGGCUGCAGAUGAUGGAUGCCAAGAGCAGGGAAGCAACAGGCGGGUUGUGCAGCAAGUCUGCAGCCGAGGCUGCUCUGAACCGGGGCGCCAGGCAGGAGAGAUCCCGCGGAAGCUCCCACAGGCGGCUUGCUGCAAAGCAGAAGAGGCCCGGGAUGCAGAUGGGCAGCUCAUGCUUGCCGCUCAAGCUGCACGGUUUCAAUGCCAGUCUCGCAACGGGCAAAUGCUCUAUCUACAGCGUUGGCGAGGAGGGUUCUAGCAACUCUGUGUUCUUGAUGACUGCUUGGAACCACAAUUCUGCCAGGCCAAAGCCUCUGGGGCGGCCCACCAAGAGCAAUGCCUUGCUCGAGACGGUCUACUGGGACACGACGGGAAACCCGAGUUGCACCUGCGAUCGUGGCCGUUUGAGCUUUGGUGCAGCUUGCGUUCACAAAUUGGCCUUGCAAGCGCUCCAGGAACGUCGGCAAUCGAGCCAUGUCUCAUCGUCGGACUAACUGUGGCGCCCCGAAAUCCUACCGAAACACCUCGGAUACCUAUCCCGAGAGCGGCCCACUCUUGCACGGGAUGAUUCCGGGACCCAAGACCUCACGCACGGGACCAUUCCGGGACCCUCGUUAUCGCGUACGCAACAAUUGUCGCCGGCUGACACCGGUUUCGGCACAUAGAUCGGUUACAGCCGGGCAGAUGGGCAGCCGGCCGAUGGUGUUCGGGCAACCCCGGUAUGCGGGUGACCUUAACGCUGUAGCUUGUGUACGGGCGACCGGUAACCGUUACGGUAGUCCCCACCGUGGCCGCAGGGCACAGGCUCUCAAAUCAUCGCAACUAUUAGCGCCCAGUCUCGGUUCACAGAUGGGUAGGUUUUACAUCGAAGCCUACCCUAGUACAGUACAGUAGCACUGAGCUGUGAGUAGCAGUAGCACACUGGCUGUGACAAUGGUGCCUGUCAACACGUCUUGAUGAGUCUUGAAAGAUCACAAAGGCAACUGGAGGCUCGGCACUUCAUCGAGGUUCAUGAGCAAGAAGUCAAAAAUGCUCAAGCUCCUCCGUUAAC